AUGGCAGCCGUUUCUGGCUCAAUCUUGAAAUUUUCAGGUAUCAAAAGUCCCCCAAAUGAUGCUACAGGUCGCACGAAGUUGGCUUUCCAGAUUCAUAAUCACGACUCUUGCAGAUUCAGUAAAUCACACAGUAGAAUAGCAUUGUUUUCGAAAAAUUUUACAAAUCUCUCGAAUCUGUAUUUCCAUCAUCGGUUUCCAUGCACCACACACAUUUUCUCAUCAGGAAGAAACUAUCCGCUGGACUACAAUAACAAUGCUCACACAGAGCCUUCCUGGUUAAACUUCAUUGGAGAUGUCAUCAGGACCCUUAGGAGUUUAUUUCUCUUUCUAGCUGAACAGCCGAGCCAGCUAAAGUAUAUUGAAUGGCCAAGCUUUGGGAGCACGCUGAAGACUGCUACAUUGACUCUUGUUCUGGUUGCUGUGCUUAUUGUUGCACUUUCCUCAGUUGAUUCAGCCUUGUCUUAUCUAUUGGCUUUGCUUUUGCGGAGAAAGUUAUGA